GGGGCGGAUAAGCCGAGACGUCGGCGUGUUUAAUUCGGCACCGCCACGUUUAAGGCGACGCUAGCCCGGCUAGCGACGCUUCUAAAUGGACGAGCUAACGUGAACCGACGCUAACCGACGUUCCGGAGCGCGGCGUCGAGCGGAUGCGUGCAGCACGCCGAAGGCCCGGGAGCCGAAGCUCUAUGUCCAGGCCAAGUGCUAUCACUGAGGCAAAUGUGGAGCUGCUCGGCAAGAUUUGACUGAGGAUCUAAUUCCGUAUCCAGACGUUACUAGUGGGGGUGUACUGGCUUGUGAGAUCAACCAUGUUUUGGAAGUUUGACCUACACACGUCGUCCCACCUGGAGGCUCUGCUGGAGAAGGAGGAUGUCACACUCGUUGAGCUUAUGGACGAGGACGAUGUGCUGCAGGAGUGCAAGGCCCAGAAUAGCAGACUCCUCCAGUUCUUGUCCCAGGACCACUGUAUGCAGGAGAUGCUCCAUUUCAUCACGACAGAGCCCCCUACUGGUGUGGAGGAGAUGAAACGUUUUAAGUAUCCAAACAUAGCGUGUGAGCUUUUGACCUGUGACGUGGGGCUGAUCAACGAUAAACUGGGCAACGAGGAGCCGCUGCUGGAAUCUCUGUACGCCUUCCUGGAGCAGCCGUCCCCGCUCAACCCACUCCUGGCGUCUUUCUUCAGCAAGACCAUUGGGAACCUUAUCACUCGCAAGACUGAGCAGGUGAUUAGGUUCCUGAGGGGGAAGGAGGGUUUCCUCUCUCUCGUCUUGAAGCAUAUUGACACUUCAGCCAUGAUAGAUCUGCUGCUGGGCCUUAUCAGCUAUGUUGAGCCGCCUUCUCUCAGACUGGAGACACUCAAUUGGUUGAAUGCAGAGAAGCUGGGCCAGAGACUCGUAGAGCUCAUUCAUCCUGAGAGGGACGAGGAGCGGCAAUCUAACGCAUCUCAAACCUUGUGUAACAUCAUCCGUUUGAGCAGAGACCAGGCCAAUCAGCUCCAAGAGUCCCCAGAACCUGACCCUUUGCUUACUGUGCUGGAGUCACAGGAGUGUGUGGGGCAGCUGUUGCAGAACAUGUUCUCUGGCAAGAGGACCGAAAGCUGUAUCGUCAAUGGAAUUCAAGUUCUUCUCACCUUACUAGAGAUCAGGAGGCCUGUGGUGGAUGGUGUGAUGGAUACUCAGGGAUUUGAGAGAAGUUAUGCUGUCAACAGCAACAUUCUACUGGCCAUCCAACCCCAGCUCAUACACUUCCACCAGCUACUUCUGGAACCACCCAAGCGUAGUCCUAUGCUGACUACCCUGGGUGUCUUGGAGGAGCCGCUGGGUAACACUCGUCUUCAUGUAGCCAGACUGGCGGCCUCUCUUCUGUACACCAGUUCAGCAAGUCAUGCCGUCAUAGCACAGGAGCUCUGCCAACUCAACACCAUGGAUCUGCUUCUGGACUUGUUCUUUAAAUACACCUGGAAUAACUUCUUACAUCUCCAAGUGGAGCUGUGUGUCGCUGCCAUUCUUAGGCCAUGUGCCCACGAAAUGAGAUUUCAGACAGGCCUGGGAUCCCAGGAGAAGCCUAAGCUUCAUCAGGACGCCAUACAAGAGCAGGCUUCGCCUGAGCCUCAAACUCCAGAACCUUCUGUCAGCCCUGAAAACUCUGCGCAUAACAUGAUGGUGGCUCAUUUGUUUCAGCACUGCCGCCUUGUUCAGAGGGUUAUUGAUGCCUGGGAAGAGAAUGACAAGAUACAGGCAGGGGGCGGUAUGAGAAGAGGGUACAUGGGACAUCUGACCAGGAUUGCCAACACAGUGGUCCACAACCUGGAAAAAGGCCCGGUUCACACCCAGAUCAGCAGCCUCAUAACGGAGCUGCCAGAAGACUGCAGAGGGCGCUGGGAAAUCUUUGUGGACCAGAACCUUGCAGAAACCAACAGGAAAAAUACCAUUGACCUGGUUGGCGCCCGAAGUUUGCGCCAUUCCUCUGACGAUGAUAUGGAGAGCCCCUUCCCCAAAGAGUUGACACUGCAGCAGGCAUUCUCGGACUACCAGAUUCAGCAAAUGACAGCUAACUUUGUGGAUCAAUUUGGAUUCAAUGAUGAGGAGUUUACCGAACACGAUGACAGCAUUGGUGCAACCUUUGACCGUAUUGCAGAGAUCAAUAUCAACAUUGAUGCUGGCCAGGAUAGUGCUAGCACAGCUGUAUUUGAAGCCUGCUCCAAGGAGAAGAUUCAGCCUUUUGAUGAUGAUGAAGAAGACAUCUGGGAUGAUAAAGAGAUCAAUUAUGCAACACAAACAAAGUCCCGCAACAGGUUCGGUGGGUCAUGGUCAUCUCAGAGUGGCUUGGCGAGCAAGGCAUGCGCUAGGACGGCAAGCUCAGGCACAGAUUCCUUUGAUAAGACACCGGGCUUGGACACAGAGGAUGGGGAGGAGCUUAAGCAGACCCUGGAUCCUUUCUCGAGUCACUGCCAGGCUGAGACCAAGCAGAGUGCAGGCUGGAUAGCCGACUUUGAAGAGGUGAAUUCGAAAGCCCCUGCGGCAGGAGUGUGCUUCACAGCCUGGGACAGUCCAGCCGCCCAGCCUGCCACUUCAGAGACGGAGGAGAAGGGGUGGGCCAAGUUCACAGACUUCCAGCCUUUCUGCUGCUCAGAAACGGGCUCCCGGUGCAAUUCUCCUGUGGACUCGGAGCUAAGCAGCUCGGACAGAACAAAACCAAACCAGAACCCUUGUGUGUGGAGCGUGUGUGGGGCAAGGAAAGCUCCCCUGGUGGCGUCAGACAGCUCUUCCUCCGGGAGCUCGGAGAGCGAUGAGGAGGAAGAUAAGACCGAGUCCGUCUCUCUAGAGACAAUCGCCACAGAGACCCCCACCACUGGUGCCAACAAGGAGACCACGUGGCUUGCAGUGGACGCCAAAAGUGAGAGAGCAGUCUUUACCAGUGAAGUAGAUGAGGUGCCGAAGGAGGGACUCUCCAUCAGGGACAGGGCGAAAAGUGUUGACAACGAGAAGGCCAAGAAAGAUGGAGAACUACUCAGCACAACUACCACAAGUCCAGCCAACAGGUUGGCCUCAGCCUCACAGGAGACACAACUCUCUGCUAACGGACCAGCCUAACACUGCAGCAAAGACGAACACCUCACAACCCACUCCCACCUGUCUACAUUCAGCACACAAACAGCCACGCCACCUUCUCUCCCUGUAAGCACCCAUCCCAUGUGUUUAGUUUAUAUCUGCAGAAACACGAGAGGCCAGGACAUCACAAAGAAAGCCAGAGGUAACAGGGCCCCUCACCAUACAUAUUCUGGAUGUAAAAGCUCACUAACGGGUACAUGUGUUGCUGCAAUUUCUUCCGGCGAGUCUCCUUUACCUCGGUGACAUCACCAGAACGGGAUGCUGUAGAGGAGAAAGAGGCCGGUGUGUUUUCAGUGGGAGCAUUAUUUGCCUGACAGGCCCCAAAAAGUAUGCCACCGGUUGCAUUUGUAGAUUGGCUCUUCUUCCUAGAGUUUACUGUGCUGUGAAACUGGACUGCUGUUGUCAGAAUCUGGGUUGGUUUGUGAAGUGUGUCGGCUUCUUGACACUCUGACAGCAGACUCUGCUGAGCUUCUUCCAAGAGGAGCUUCUGAAUGUUUACCUUGGCGGGGCAAAUGAUAUUACGGGAAACGUCACUAACACUAGCUGCCCCGUUCCACUUAGUGAAAAUAACUUCACCGGACAGGCCUCCGCACAACCUUUCAGUAUAUGUUCUUCUCAGAGGGUUUAUUAGAGCACACGUGAUGGGCGAUAAUUUGGCCAUUUUUCCACCCGAACAUCCGUCAUCCGUGCUACCCGAGUCACAUUUGAAUCCCCGUUAAGAUUUUUCUUUAAUCCAGUGGA